AUGAUUUUUGAAAAUAAAUUUUAUUUGUUAGGUUCACCAUCAUCAUCAAUCGAACAAUCAAUAUCAAAAUUAUCAAUUGAACAACGAUAUGAUUGUAUUGCAAAUGAAUUUAAACUUUCAUCAUGUGAUAUUGAAAAACAAUAUCAAUUAGCAUUAAGAAAUCGUAUUGAAAUUCCACCGAUUUUAAUGCGUCGUAUUAUAAUUGAUGCUAUUAAAAUUCUUCAUAUAAUGAUUGAUGAUUUAAAUCAAGAUAUUGUAAAAAAUAAUGAAAAAUUUAGACGAAUUUCAAAACGUCUUAAUGAACUUGAAACAUAUGAUAAAUUAUUUGAUCAUCAUUGUUAA